GGCGUUAUAAUGAGGAUGAACGAUUUGAAUUUUUUUUAUCCGCGAAUACUAUACUUUUGCAAGAGAUCUUACAAACAUUAUCCAAAUUUUAAUGAAAUUGGCGUGGUAUAUACUGAAACUGAAUCGAUACCAUGUUGGAAAUAAUAACACAACAUCAUCAAUAUUUAAGAAGUCCAAAGUGUCUCGAUAACCGGCCUAGUGAUGCCGGAAGCGGUACAAAACGGCGAAAAAAAGGGCGCCGUUUUAGACUGUUUAUACACCUUAAGUUCGCAAGAACUAUCGAAAAAUUCCGGUCUAGUUGUGAAGUGGUUUUUUAAUCGAAGUCCGAACCCGGUCUAUCAAUGGAUACAUAAUCAAAAACCGCAAGACGCCGGUAUACUCAAAGGACGUUUAAAAUUAGACUACAAAGCGUCGAAUAAUCACUCGUCCAUGUACAGAGCCCUGUUCAUAGUCACCCCAACGGUAGAAUUAUCCGGCGAGUAUAAAUGCCUAGUUUCAACCUAUCACGACGAAGAUUUCUCCAAAAAACACUUGCUAGUUUACCAGCCAGAAAGAAGAAUGGAUUUUUUCCACAGUAGGCAAGAUAUGGAUAAGAUAAAUGUUUCUUGUAGAGUAGAAGGAGUUUUUCCUAAGCCGAAGCUAUAUUUAUUCAAAGAUCCUGACAGAGCUGAUAAUAUACCCGAAGAAGAAGUAACCAUAAACAUGUACGAAAGAAGCGGCUAUUUCGACGUGACGACGUCAGCGAUAUUUAACGAAGCGUACUUGGAAUCACCGACUGUGUUCGACUGUGAAAUGAAAAUACCAGGAACGUCGUACUUUAAAAGAAAAACGCUUCUUUAUUUUCCAGGUGCUAUGGAAAGCUUAUCUUCUAAAGUCAGUGGAAGUGCUGUAUACGUACCGUUACAAGUUAUAUAUGUCUUAUUAAUUUCAAUGUGCUGCUUUUCAACGUUCUACUCUAGAUGGAGUUAAUUUAAUCGAAAUACAUCGCUUUGCUCAAAAUGUCAAACAAUAAGAAGGCAAAUGCUGGAAUUGGCAUUAUCUUUGCCAUACUUCGGUUAACGUACAUGUAUUUAUUUUGCGUUAUGUAUAUUGGAAUUUUUCCCUCUUUUUUCCCCCCUUAUCAUUGUGUAUAUAAUGUAUUUUUUUUGUGAAUUUUUGUAAAUUUUAUUCUUGUUUUAAUAAAUGCUAUUUUUUUGUUUUUUUUUCUA